UUCCUCUUCAACGAAGACCUUAUUAUGGAAGGUAACAAUGAAUUAUACAACCAACUUUUGGAAGCUACUAAAAAUGGAGCAGUAUUUCGCAAAUUAUUUCAAAGAAAUAAAAAUCAUUUCAUAAAAACGAGUGGAUUUAUUUCCCGCGAAGUGAGAUAUGCCAGGGCAAUUUAUUGUAUUAAGGUAUGGCUAUAUUAA